UCUUGCGCAUACACUGGGCCCGAUUAAACCGCCUGUCUCGCGCUGUCUCGAGUGCGCCGAGAGCGCCGCCGCGUAUGUAAGUGAACGGCCGGAACCGAAUCGCAAACGGAAGCGAACGGAACGCUGCUGCCUCUAGAGAGACGAUGCCUUCGGUGGCUCGGUGCUACUACUCCUGAUACGCAGAGCGCGAGUGAUCAGUGUCGGAGGCAGAACGGGGUUAUAUCGUGAGGAACCGGAACCGGAGUAAGGAUGAGUUUUGGGCAGCGCAAAAACUUUACCGUCCCGCUCGAUGCGGAAUCGCCGGAAGCGCGUGACGACGCGAAGCUGCUUCCGCUCGGGCCGUUCGAUAAGCUCGCUCCGUCGAUAAUCGCCGCCGAAGGACAUGACCAGCCGCCGAAAUCGCCGAUCACACCGACGACACCGAUCAUCUACUGUCCCCAGUCGCCAUCGAUGACCAGCAAAAGGAGUCGUGCACUGCGCCCAGGAACGACGCGAAAGUAUCGGCGCCGUGCGAUUCUGAAGAAUGGAGACUGCAACAUUGUCCUCUCGAAGGUGUCGCGGCAGCAGUGGCGGUUCCUGCAGGACAUCUUUACGACGCUGGUAGAUGCGCAGUGGCGCUGGACAUUGCUGGUGUUUGCGUUUAGCUUCAUCGGAUCGUGGCUGUUUUUCGGUGCUAUCUGGUGGCUGAUUGCCUUCACCCACGGUGACCUGGAGGAGAUGCAUCUGCCGAAGAAUCAAGGUGAAUCCGGGUGGAAGCCGUGCGUGUUCAACAUUGAAUCGUACACGUCCGCGUUCCUGUUCUCGAUCGAAACGCAAACCACCAUCGGGUACGGCUUCCGCACGACGACCGAGGAGUGUCCGGAGGCCAUCUUCGUGAUGUGCUUCCAGUCGAUCUACGGUGUGAUGAUGCAAGCGUUCAUGGUGGGCUUCGUGUUCGCGAAGAUGACCCGCCCGAAGCACCGCACGCAGACGCUCCUGUUCUCGAAGCACGCCGUCAUUUGCCAGCGCGACGGCGAGCUGUGCCUCAUGUUCCGGGUGGGCGACAUGCGCAAGAGCCACAUCAUCGGGGCGAACAUCCGGUCGCAGCUCAUCCGCACGAAGCUGUCCCGUGAGGGCGAAGUGAUGGCGCAGUACCAGCACGAGCUGGAAGUCGGUGCCGACCAGUGUGGGUCGGAUCUGUUCUUCAUCUGGCCGCAGAUCGUGACGCACAAAAUCAAUCCUGAAUCUCCGUUCUACAAUAUGUCGGCCUCGGAUCUGCUGCAGGAUCGGUUCGAGAUCGUCGUCAUCCUGGAGGGUACGGUCGAGUCGACCGGCCAGUCGACGCAGGCCCGCUCGAGCUACGUCAACACGGAGAUCCUGUGGGGCCACCGGUUCGAGCCGAUCGUGUUCUACAACAAGGAGAACCAGGUGUACGAGAUCAACUACAGCAAGUUCAACGAAACGCACGCCGUCGACACGCCGCUCUGUUCCGCGCGCGAGCUGGCCGAGUUCUACAAGUAUCAGGAUGACUACCGCAACCAAGAUCAGUACGACACCGUGUGUUCGAGGACGUCUUUCGAAAGGCGUUGGCAGCAGCACUACACCAACACGAUCCGGACGCUGAGCACGAUCCACCUGGAGGACGAACGGGUGCCGCUGACCGGCGUGCAGCCGCGUUACCUAACGAUCCACGCCGUCCCGAGGCGUCCUCGGUCGUACCACCAGCUCGAGAACAAUCUGCGAAAUCUCUUCGACCAGCCAUCGAUCACAAUCUCACCCUCGUCCGUGACCUCCGUCCGGACAGCUAGCCGGUAGCCACCCUGUCCGUCAUCCAGUCAGUCAGUCACUCACUCAGUUAGUCUCAUCAAAUGGCUAGUUUAGUUUUACGUAGCGUAGUGUACCGUGUAGGAAUCCCAUACCCAGUGCGAAUCUUUGUAACGAAUCCGUUGCGGCCGUUAUAUAUUUAUGAUAAUUCUAGAAUCGUGAUGCUAAGAGCUCGGUGCUUUACACUCUAACGUGUAGUCCGCCACCGCUGGCGCAGAGUGAGAAUAUUAAACAUUCCAUCG